AAUGAUGAAUUAGGCUUCCGACUCCCUCUCUUCUACGAAUCCAGAGAUAUGCGUUUCUCGUUCGACUUACCGGAGGGCCGUCAAUCUCCGGCUCCUUCUCCUUCGCCGUCGAGUUCGACUCCCAAGUCAGAGCUCGAAUGGUUCCCACUGCAGAACCACCCGCUCUUCUCCUCCGCCACUGCUACGCCCGCCGCCGCCCUCGAUACUUCCGGAAGAAAGCCCCCCAAUCUCAUGGCCUGGGAUGGAGCUUCGCGGCUAUACAUUUGGGACUUGGAGACGAAAUGCCUCCACCGCCUAUCAAUUCGCUUGGGCGAGCCGGACCCCUCUUCCAUCCUCGCUGCUUCCCCCUCUAAGGUGUUGCAAGCGGAAACACCAGUCAGCUUUGAGGUGAGUAAGAUUUCUAUCAACAAAAAUGGCUCAGCUAUGCUCCUGGCCGGGACGGAGGGCCUAUGUGUUAUGUACCUUUAUGGACGCUCUUCACUAGCACAAAAUACCAUCAUCUGUCGGACCGUUUCUCUUGGUUCAGAGAUUUACUUCCAGAGAAACAACUUCAUACGCAUUCUACAGAUUUGCUGGCACCCAUACAGUGAUACACACUUGGGAAUCCUGUCGUCUGAUUCUGUUUUCAGAAUUUUUGAUCUGUCUACAGAUAUUGGGCAGCCAGAGCAGGAAUAUUAUUUACAACCGGUAGAGUAUGGGAGUAGCCGUAAUGCUGCAGCAAUUUGUCCAGUUGAUUUCUCUUUUGGUGGUGAACAUUUAUGGGAUAAAUUCAGUGUUUUUAUCUUGUUUAGUGAUGGAUCCACUUACAUAAUUUGCCCUGUUGUUCCUUUUGCAAGCUUGUAUAAAUGGGAAUCUAUUUUGGAGCUUUAUAAUGACGCUCAUACAUUUGGGCUAAAAUCAUCCAAUUCAAAAGCUGUUAGUAAUUCGAAUAUGGCAAUCUCAUGGCUGGAGGCAACAUUUCCUGAGUUAGUUCAUCAAGAUGGAGGUGGUGGACAGUUGCAUAUUGUUAGAGCUCAGCCUUUUGUCCAUAUGGAUGCAUCAGUUUCAUUGCAGGGGCCUCUGCAUAACAUGUGUGAUGGUGUGACUGAAGAUUCUGAUGUUCAGAAAGGCACAUGUGAAGGGCGUGCGGUCAGUUUUCAUUACAAUUUAGUUGGCAAAGACACAAUUCUUGUGAUUGCUCGUAGUGAUGGGCAAUUGCAACUGGAUGCUUUGGCUGAUGAAAUUCAGCCAGUAUGGACGAUGGGUAGCGCACCUCGUCUUUGUUUCACCUCAUCAGAUAAGAUAGCUGGUGUUGCUAUGAUAUGUGAGUCUUUCUUGAGUAGUCCUACUGUUUUGAAGCUAGAUCAGACCCCGUAUUCUACUGCUUGGUUGGGCCAGCCGCCUCCUUUGCUGAGGUUAGCCAUUGUGGAUUUAGCUUUGCCUAUCGAAAGUAGUUCUCUGAUUGGCAUGAUUAGUGAUCCUCUCUUACCUGAAAGAACAUUUUGUAUUCAUGCUGGAGGGAUAGAUUCAAUAGUCUUGCAUUUUCUCCCCUUCACUAACCACACAACUGGGAAGGAAGAGCCAAUUAGAACUCCAUCUGUGAAUUCUGUACUUAGUACAUGCCCUGGCGACUCAUCCUCCCCAUCACCUCUUCAUGGUUUCCUGGCUUUAUCAGAUUCUUAUGGUAGUUCGUGGAUUGUGGGACUUACUUCUUCUAAUGACUGUAUAGUGCUACAGAUGGAAACUUGGAAUGUAUUGCUUACUGAUGCUUUUGAUAAGAUCCAAGAAAAUUUAACUACAGAAGAGACAACAAGUACAAAACAAACAGGUUUUAACACAAUAAUAAGCAAAGAGCUUCUCAAUGGGCCGAAGGCAGUUCUAUUGCCCCCUUCUGCACCAAAUUUGCGCUCUGUAACAGCUGAUUCUAUUGAAGGACGAUCCAUGCUUCAUCAGUAUUUCAAGCUGUUUCAUGAAAAUUAUGUGGAGUAUGCACACAAGGUGCACUUUGAGCUCCAGCGUCAUGCGCCUCAGUUGAAAAAAGUAAUUGACGGAGAGCAUUCUCGGUUGCACAAGAUGCAACAGAAGCUCUUGGAAGUUGAAACAAAACAGGAAAAUUUAGAGGAUCGUGUAGAUCGUGCAGUUAAGAUUCACAGUUCCUUAGAGGAACGGCUACAAAGCUUGAGGAGCCUGCCUGGACUGCAGAAAAACCCACUUUCUAAAGCGGAAAGAGAAUUCAAGAUGGAACUAGAUAAAUUUACUGGAUUGGAGUUGGAUGCAUUGCACUCUUCCAUUGAAGCUCUGAGUGCAAGAACAAAAAGAUACACUCAUUCGUUGCAGGCUGAUUCCCCAACUCAACGAACACAAAGGCUAAUGAGAAGAGGAAAUAUGGUUCCAGAUGAUGGUGUUUCUGAACUCAAGUCUUUACUUGAAAAACUCUCGCUGAUAAACAGCGAGAACAGCAAAAAGGUGAAACUCGUUGAAUCCGCAUUGAAAGCCAGGGAAAUCACAGAUUGACUGAAACCACACUGCAGCAAAUAGUGUUUUGAAUGUGUAUAUUGGACCUUUUCAUUGUCGAUGCCUGAGCUCCAUGACCUUACCUUGUCUGUUUAGCAGAAAACGUGCUUACUUUGUUUUGUAAAAUGCAGUCAUAACCAACUUUGUAUUCUCUGCAUUAACAUUUCCAUUCUUAACAUAACUUUACUCUA